AUGAUACCGACCUUGGGAUCGAUGGAGCACCCGUACUCCGUGGAGGAAGAGGAACAACUGGAAGACGAGGAGGAAGAAGAAUCGGUCAGCGCCACUGGUCGAAAACCCGACAUUAAGAUUUGUCAAACGGACACGCUGGUACUCGUGUCCAUUUUGGAACCCGGUCUCUCGGAAUGCGACGUCAAUGUCUUGAUUGAACCCAAGACCAUUAGCGUCGAAAUUACCCGCGACGACAUUAUCAAUCCCGUCGUGGCCGGUGUACUCUUUGCCGAAGUACACAAGAAUCAUUGUCGGGUACGGAUAAAGCCAGACAGCGUACUGAUCAAACUCCGCAAAACCGAAAAAGGACGAUGGAGAUCCAUCUUGGAAGAAGUGUUGAACGAUGUCAAGACAGUCACACCGGAGACACGCAUUCGACCACGACGAGGCGUCGAUAAGGAGAGUCGAGAACCCAUUGAACCAAUGACACACGAAAAACCAACAACUGUGGCGGGUGGCACCAAGAGGAUUACCAAGAAACCACAGCCAUUGGGAAGCUACGCCUCCAAUGAUACUAGUGAUGGCGACGACGACGUUGACGCAGAAGAAACCGCAAUUAAUCCCAGUGAGAGCAAGGUCAUGGGCGCCUUGGAGAGCAUGAAGAAGUUCCAUCAAGCGCUAUUUAAUCCCACCAGCUUUUUCGGGCAACCAACCAUGGAUGAAGACGAGGAAAGUCGAAACGACACUGAGGCGAUACAAGGGCCGUUGAUUCGGAAUAGGCGAAAGCAAAGAAAGCAAAGAUCAGAGCCAUAA